UUAAUAAUCAAGAUAAUGUAUGUAAAGUUAAUAAUCAAGAAACGGAACAAAAUAGUGUUAUAACUUGCACUCAAACUUAUAUUGAAGGAAUCAUCUAUUUUCGCCUAUGUCCGAAAUUUUUUCGUUACUAUUUUCCAUACAUACGAGGAAUUGUUCGUAAAUAUCUCGAUAAUAAAAAGUAUUUAUAUCAAAGAUUAAUAAAUAUUAUUGAAAAACGUCGACGAGAAAUUAAUGAAAUUCCAUUAGAUGAAGAAUUAAGGAGUGAUAUGUUGACUUCUUUCAUUAUUGCGAAUACUGAUAGAGAUACGAAUAAGGGGAAAUUCUCAGAAAAAUACAAUGAAAAACCUAUGAAAAAUGAAGAGAUUUGUGGAAACUUAAUUGAUGCAUUUAUUGGAGGGACUGAUACUACUGCAAAUUUAUUCUGCUUUAUAGUCUACUAUCUUGCACACUACAAGCAAGUUUUAUCUCGUUUUCAUCAAGAACUUGACUCAAUAUUCCAAAAUGACAGAACACGAAAAAUGACACCUAAAGAUUUAGACAACCUUAAGUAUUGUGAAUCGAUAAUUAAAGAAGCAUAUCGACUACAUCCAGUAGUCUCUUUAAUUAUUCGUUCAAAUUCAGAAGAAGAUGAGAUUUGUGAAUAUAUUUGGCCAGCUAAUACUGAAUUUUUCCUAUUUCAUAAACCUAUGUUUAGACAUCCUGAUAUAUGGAAUAAUCCAUUAAAAUUUAAUCCUGAUAG